GCAAUAUUCAACCGUCAGUGUUUUGGUAACUGGCGUGCACGCGAUAAGCUGCUGAUCAACAAAAUCAAUAAUAAAACACCAUAAUCCAGGAGAAUGGGUAUGACAGAUGAGGACAGAGCAAAACUUUCUCGAAUAGAGAUACGCAAGCAGAAACUUGCAGAAUAUCUGGCGGCGAAAGGCAGGUUACAACCACCUAAUCCGAAGCCUUAUCUAAAGAGCAGUGCUGUUCUGACAAAGGCCCCUGGCGGUGCACAGAAAUCUCACACUUCUGUAAAAGGAAAGGAGAACUCAGCCCCCAGUGCCACAACUGCAAAAAAAGACAUAUCAAAAGGAAAUGCACCGGUAGAAAAGAACAAAAAUUUGAGAAUCCUCCCUAAAGCCCCGUCUGCCGUUCUUCCAUGCUUACCACUCAAACCCACUGUUGCACAAACACUCUCUCAGCAGGCAAGAACUCGCUGCAAAGAAACAGCACGUGUAGUUAGAAAUGCUUCUGUCAAAGAACAGCAAACUAAACCAGAUGUACACACGAGUGUCACGACUCAAAGGCAAGACAAGACUGUUAAAAAGGGUCCAGUAUCAGUGUCUAUCCAAGCACAGCCUUCACACCGGGCUUCGAUGAAUGCCCGUACAAGCACCAUCAAGACAGACCUUCAAAAAAGGCGUUUGGUCACUGGAUCAGAAAAGUUAGUGCAGAAAUCUCAGAUCAGUUGUCCCACAAUGAAAGGACGCCUCACUACCACUGUUCCACGCUGUAUGGACACAAAAUCUUCAAUUAUUAAAGGGGCCGCAGUGACGCUACAGAACACUAGAGAGACUAAUAAUUUAAAUAAAAAUAAUUUUGAUGUCAAGAAACCACUGAACAGGUAUCCAGUCGGUAAGCCAGACAGGUCAGAAAAGACACAAACUAAUUCCCAAAAUACAAGACUAUUGAACAAGGUAGAAAAUAAUCCAAGGCUUACUCGCACGCAAAGGAGUAGCAUCCCAGUCACAGCCAGGCAAAGAUCAGAUGUAUUGUCGGCGAUUUCUAAAACUGAAAAUGCACGAAAGUCUAUCACUGUGGCUGUAGCUGGAGUUAAAAACUUAGCCCCACAUCGACAGCAACGCCGUACCACGUUUAUACUCCCCUCUAAGCCUAACGUUCCAGCUCCAGUGCCUCAGACUCUUCCACGCCCCACCAAGACGUCCAGCCUGACCAGAGGGCCUGUGCAGCUAAAGACUCCCAAGUCAACAGUCAAUCCUGGGACAGAUGGGGUCAGGACUGUCCCCUUGGAUGAUAGAACUAAACUAAGCACCGCUCAAGAAGAGAGACUGCGUAAACUUCAAGCUUGGCGAGAAUCAAAAGGCAUCACGUAUAAACGUCCACCGAUGCCUGUACAACCAGCGAGGAGGAAGACGACCGUUCUUCCUCCUCAGGGCUACUGGAGUACGAUUGAGAGAGAGGAUGAAGUCCAUGGCUUUGUCUGUGCUGUUGACCAGUCUCUGAACGAUUGCAUCAAACUUCUUCAGCAGGGCUGUCCUGCUGGGCAUGUGCGAGAUGUUUUGUCUCGUGUACCAAUAGCACAAAAAUUUGCGAAAUACUGGAUCUGCCAGGUGCGAUUGAUGGAGCAAGAGGGAAACCUUGAUGUGCUGCCAACAUUUGAGGAAGCUGUUCGUUUAGUCAGAGAGCCUGUUGAUGAACUGCGCUCUGUGGUAUUUGAGAUCCUUAAGAAGAAAGAUGUAAAAGCUUCAUUGUCAGAGAGGCAGAAUGAUCUAGGCGGUGAUGAAGAUGGGGAGCAUGUCCUCAACACGUGCACUCCUAAAGCGGUGGGCGCACUGAUCCGUGGAGAGAAAGGAGACUCUGCCAUGAUCAAAUACAAGAUCACAGCUACUCCUGGAGGGAAAAGGAGCCAGCAGAGGCCAGGGCAUUUUAAUGGCCAUGAAAUCCGUUUCCUCACUCCAGUACGCCGUUCUCUACGUAUUGAGAAGUCAGCCUCGCGUUACCCCGCAGUCCUGCAAGAGCACGAUCCUUGUGUGACCUCUUACCAUGAACUCUUGGCUGAGGGGAAAAGCCUGAGUCAAAUUACAAGUUCACCAGAAACACCACCCUCUCCGCUCUAUGUAUACAGAGAGAAUGAAGCCCUGAAGGAGCAAGUCCAAAUUCAGCUGGUUUAUGAUGACAACAAGGAAUAAGGACAAUAUGAAAUACCUAAGAGGAAAUAAUUUUUUUUUAACAAACAGAUUUUUCACAACAGCAAACGUGCUUAUGAAACGUUCAGAAUGUGCUUAUGACGCACGCAGUGCUACUUGUUCAGACAGGUGAUGCUUCAGGCUGUAAUGAAGGGUUUCCCAUGACUUUCACUAUACAGUUUAUAUAAUUGUGCAAAUAAUAAACCAGCAUUUCCUCCUUACAGUUUUUUAUUUCACAAUUUUUUUUCUUACUCCAUUUGCACAGUUUACCCAUUUUCUGGUUUUUAUUUUAAUAUUAAGAUGCAUCUUAAGCAGGAAUGUCAUGUAAAUUUAACUCUACAGAUUGUAUACAUUGUAUUUGGUGCUGCUUAGAAUCUAAAGAUCUUAAAAUGAUUAAUUAUAACUGCUUGAACAUGCAGAGCAACAAGAGAUAACAGCAAGUUUUACACACCCACAAAGACAAACAUUAAAUGAUAUCGGUCGCUUGUCACUUCCGAACGGCUUGAGGCACUCCUGAAGAUAAAAGCCGGGAACAGGAUAUUGGAUUGUGUAGGUGUCUAUGAUGAGCUGCAUUGGGUUAAAUUUUUAGUUAGGUAUUUAUAAUGUACACUUUCAGAAUGAAAUAAAUAACGUUUUUGCAAA